UCCGAGAAACCAUAGAGCUAACUCGUCUUAAUGGCUGAAGUUGAGAACGUGAACUCUGUUCCGGCGUCGGAAGAUACAGAGUAUGGAUUUAAACGGCCGGAGAUGUACAGCACCAACAUAGCCAAUUCGAUUACUUCGUAUGGUCGUCAUGUUUUUGUUCUUUAUAAGACACCUGAAGCUUGGCCCUCACAUGUUGAAGAACAAGGUUUGCCUCAACGUUUCGCUACGUUGCUUAAAGAUCGCAAAUCUGAUCUUCUUGUUCAGACGAAGCUUAAUGUAUGUGAAGGUGGUGGGUCUGAUGGAGAUGUGUUGAUUUUUCCAGAUAUGAUCAGAUACAAGGGGGUUAAAGAUACGGAUGUGGAAGGUUUUUUUGAAGAUGUUCUUGUGAAUGGGAAGCCAUGGAGCUCAGGGAAACAAGAAGAGAUAACUGGAACAUUUGUAUUUGUGUGUACUCAUACUAGUCGAGACAAGAGGUGUGGUGUUUGCGGACCAGUGAUCUUAGAGAGGUUCCAAAAGGAGAUUGGCUCUCGUGGUCUUUCGGACCAGAUUACUCUGAAACGAUGUUCUCACGUUGGACAGCACAAGUAUGCUGGUAAUUUGAUCAUCUUCUGUCCUGAUUCAGCUGGAAAGAUUACUGGCAAUUGGUAUGGCUAUGUAACUCCUGAUGAUGUGCCUGAAUUGCUUGACCAGCAUAUUGCAAAAGGAGAAAUCAUACAAAGGAUUUGGAGGGGUCAAAUGGGCUUAGCUGAAGGUGAAGGUGAGAAAGUGAUACCAAACGGUAACAGUGUAAUGAAAGAAGAGAGCAAGGGAUCCACAGGAGGAUGUUGUCAAGGAUCAAACGGCGUUUCGUGUUGCCAAGAUGAAACCCCAAAGCCAGAGCCAAUUAAGAAAGAAGGAAGAAAAUGCACCAUAUGGUUCCAACCUCUUGACAAAGAAGAGUUCUACAUUGGAGCUGCUGUGGUUGGAGCCAUUGCAACUAUAGCCAUGGCUUACACCUUUUUCAGGAGGUCAAGAUAAGAACCUAACCUUACUUACCAAUUUGAUUCAUAUGGAAGGUUUUUUUUGGAGAUUCCCACGAGAAAAACCUUCCAUUGAUUCGACCACAAAACAGAACCGAAGAAUUAUGUUUUUGUUGUUGAUUCUAUCAUUAAAGAAACAUAUAAACAUUUUGGUUUCUGUGAGCGUUUUUUUGCCUCAUUAUGUGUUUGCCUGUAAAGGCCACAACUUUUGUGAUUUGUCUAAGCUCUUGAUUUGGUGCAUUAACAAAACUUUGAUUUGGUUUA